GGUUCAGUAAUCCGUGUUUCUGCGCUCUGUAGCGGCGCCUGUUCUUUCUUAGCUGCAUGCUUCUCGUGCGCUGCAGCCUCAUCCAGCAUCAGUUUAAUAUCUAGCUUAUCUGCUCAAAAUGGCUCUUCACGUCCCCAAAGCCCCGGGCUUUGCUCAGAUGUUAAAGGAUGGUGCGAAGCACUAUUCAGGUCUUGAGGAGGCUGUUUACAGGAACAUCCAGGCAUGCAAAGAACUGGCACAGACCACAAGAACUGCAUACGGACCCAAUGGUAUGAACAAAAUGGUCAUCAACCACUUGGAGAAACUCUUUGUCACAAAUGACGCUGCCACCAUUCUCAGAGAGCUGGAGGUUCAGCACCCGGCAGCCAAAAUGAUCGUAAUGGCAUCCCACAUGCAAGAGCAGGAAGUAGGCGAUGGCACAAACUUUGUGCUGGUGUUUGCUGGUGCUCUGCUGGAGCUUGCAGAGGAGCUGCUGAGGAUGGGCCUGUCUGUUUCAGAGGUGAUUGAGGGUUACGAGAUGGCAUGUAGGAAAACUCUGGAGAUUCUGCCCGACUGCGUCUGUUCAUCUGUGAAGAACCUGCACGAUCUGGAUGAGGCCACAGCCAUGAUCCGCUCAGCUGUCAUGAGCAAACAGUACGGCAACGAGGACUUCCUGGCCAACCUCAUCGCACAGGCCUGCGUCUCUAUCUUCCCCGAGUCUGGCAAUUUCAAUGUCGAUAAUGUCAGAGUGUGCAAAAUUUUGGGCUGUGGACUAAACUCUUCUAUGAUGCUUCAUGGGAUGGUAUUUAAGAAAGAGACAGAAGGAGACAUCACAUCAGUGAAAGGCGCAAAGAUUGCAGUGUUCUCCUGUCCGUUUGACUGCAUGCUUACUGAAACAAAGGGAACAGUACUUAUAAAGAACGCAGAGGAGCUCAUGAAUUUCAGUAAAGGAGAAGAGGACCUGAUGGAGGCCCAGGUGAAGUCUGUUGCUGAUUCAGGGGCCAAUGUGGUUGUGACUGGGGGCAAAGUUGCUGACAUGGCCCUUCAUUACGCCAACAAGUAUAAGCUCAUGGUGGUCAGGCUGAAUUCAAAAUGGGACCUCAGAAGACUAUGCAAAACGGUUGGAGCCACAGCAUUGCCCAGACUGACUCCCCCGACCCCAGAAGAGAUGGGACACUGUGACGGGGUGUACCUCUCUGAAGUUGGAGAUACGCAGGUUGUGGUCUUCAAACAUGAUAAAGAGGAUGGCGCUAUCUCUACUUUAGUAAUUCGUGGGUCCACAGACAACCUGAUGGAUGACAUUGAGCGUGCUAUCGACGAUGGAGUUAACACCUUUAAAGUCCUUGUCAGGGAUGCACGUCUUUGUCCAGGUGCCGGUGCCACUGAAAUUGAGCUGGCGAAACACAUCACCUCCUAUGGAGAAUCUUGCCCAGGCCUGGAGCAGUACGCCAUCAAGAAGUACGCAGAGGCGUUUGAAGCACUGCCCCGUGCUCUGGCAGAAAACUCUGGCAUCAAGGGCAAUGAGCUGAUCUCCAAACUGUACGCCGCGCACCACGAGGGCAACAAGAACUCUGGCUUUGAUAUUGAGGGAGAGGGGCCUGCAUUGAAGGACAUGAUGGAGGCUGGUAUCCUCGAACCAUACCUGGCCAAGCACUGGGGAAUCAAAUUGGCCACAAACGCAGCCAUCACCGUUCUCCGUGUGGAUCAGAUCAUUAUGGCAAAGCCAGCAGGGGGACCCAGAGCCCCCAAACAGCAAGGACACUGGGACAAAGACGGUUGGGAUGAGGAGCCAGACAAAUUUGAUACUCAUCAUUGAUAAGAAAUCCUAAAUAAUUGCAAAGAUUAUAAUGGCCAAGCCGGCUGGUGGACCCAAAGCUCCACAAGGAAAGAAGGACUGGGAUGAGGAUGACUGAUGUCACUAACCUGUGUCUCCCUGUCACCGUCUUAGCUUUUCAAGUGUUGUGUAUUUAAUAUCUAGCCCCCAUUCUUUUUGUAUUUUUUUUUUUUUUAGAAGCACGUUAUCCACGUUACCAAUGAAUGACUCUGAGCUGUUAUUCUGGUCCCAAUAAAGGCACUUGAGCUGUCA